CUCCUCCCUUUGCAAACGAAGGGGGCGGAUCGACCGCGCAAGGCUGGCGACGGCGGCGGUUGCUGCUCCGAUUUCUCCGCCCACGUCCUCGUACCCGUCCUGGGGAAACAGGGAACAAAACAAAAAGGAAGUGCCGAGCCCCGCCGGCUGGGAGUAUUUUGCAGCCCGACAGACGACGUCGGGUUUUUUCCCCCCUCCACCUCCAUCGCCACCGCCACCGCCCCCGCUCGGAAUCUGCUCGGCGCUGCCCCGGCGCUUGCUACUCUGCUGCUGGGCACCGGAUUGGCUGGGGGCGAUCAGAAAUCCGGGAAGAUCCGCCUCCCUCCACGGUUACCCGGGGCAUCAGCUGGGCAUUGCUCCUCUCCUGGGCUAACCAUGGUCGCGCUCUGUCUCUUACUCUUCGCGAGUCGCCUGCUGGCGCCCGGGAACGCCUUCAAUCUGGACGCGGAGAGCCCGACUGUAUACUACGGCUCCGACGGCAGCUACUUCGGCUUCGCGGUGGAUUUCUUCGCCCCCGACCGUUCUUCGAUGUUUCUCCUUGUGGGUGCUCCAAAGGCUAACACUACCCAGCCUGGGAUUGUGGAAGGAGGCCAGGUGUUCAAGUGUAACUGGAAUUCCAAUCAAAACUGUCAGCCAGUCAUAUUUGAUGCUACAGGCAACAGAGAAUUUGCUGUAGAUGAUCUUUUGGAAUUCAAAUCACAUCAAUGGUUUGGAGCCUCUGUGAGAUCUAAAGAGAAUAAAAUUUUGGCGUGUGCUCCUUUAUAUCACUGGAGAACUGAACAGAAAGCACAGAGGGAACCUGUGGGAACUUGUUAUCUUCAUGACGGGUCUAAAGCUGUUGAAUAUGCUCCUUGCAGGUCAACAAGCACUGAUGCUGAAGGACAGGGCUUUUGUCAAGGUGGAUUCAGCAUUGACUUUACCCAGAAAGAUAGAGUUCUUCUUGGAGGGCCCGGAAGCUUUUAUUGGCAAGGCCAGCUAAUUUCUGAUCAAGUGGCUGAGAUUGUGUCAAAAUACAGCGCUAAAGUCUACACAACCAGAUAUGACCACCAGUUAGCAACACGGUCAGCUAGUGCUACUUUUGAUGACAGUUAUUUAGGUUAUUCAGUUGCUGUAGGGGAUUUCAGUGGUGAUGGCAUAGAAGAUUUUGUGUCUGGCGUUCCAAGAGCAGCAAAAACGUUGGGCAUGGUGUCCAUUUACAAUGGGGAAACCAUGGCUUCCAUGUAUAACUUCACUGGAGAACAGUUGGCUGCUUAUUUUGGAUAUUCUGUAGCUGCCACAGAUAUCAAUGGAGAUCAUUAUACAGAUUUGCUUGUAGGUGCCCCACUCUUUAUGGAUCGUGGUUCAGAUGGCAAGCUUCUGGAAGUGGGCCAGGUGUCUCUUUAUCUUCAACAAGCCUCUGGAGGGUUUCAGAGUUCAACCAUGAAGUUGAAUGGCUUUGAAGUCUUUGCAAGAUUCAGCAGUUCAAUUGCCCCUUUGGGAGACCUUGACCAGGAUGGCUUCAAUGACAUAGCAGUUGCAGCACCUUACGGUGGAGAAGACAAAAAAGGACUGGUUUAUAUCUACAAUGGGAGAGCUGCAGGAUUGAAUGGAAUGCCAUCUCAGGUCCUUGAAGGACAGUGGGCCUCUGAAGCAAUGCCACCAAGUUUUGGAUAUGCACUGAAAGGAGCUAUUGAUGUGGACAAAAAUGGCUACCCAGACUUGAUCGUAGGAGCUUUUGGUGUUGACCGAGUCGCAUUAUAUAGGGCACGGCCAGUCAUUACCGUAAAUGCUGGAUUGGAAGUUACCCCAACAAUUCUAAAUCCAGAGAACAAAACCUGUGAAGAAAAUGGUCAAAAGGUUUCUUGUUUUAAAGUAAAGUUCUGCUUAAAAGCUGAUGGCAAAGGAAAUCUCCCCAGGGAACUCACUUUCCAUGUGGAGCUCCUGUUGGACAAACUUAAACAAAAAGGUGCGAUAAGGCGAGUUCUGUUUCUCCACAAUAGACAGCCUGGUCACUCAAAGAACAUGACUGUCUCCAAAGGAGGUCGAAAAAGUUGUGAAGAACUUGAUGCUUUUUUAAGGGAUGAAUCUGAAUUCCGAGAUAAGCUUACCCCAAUUACAAUAUUCAUGGAAUAUCAACUGGAUUAUAAAACUGCUCUGGAUUCUACUGGUUUACAGCCCAUCCUCAACCAGUUCACUCCUGCAAACAUUAGCAGACAGGCUCAUAUUCUUUUGGACUGUGGGGAAGACAAUAUCUGCCGUCCGGAUUUAAAAGUGACAGUUGACAGUGAUCAGAAGCAAAUCUACAUUGGGGAUGACAAUCCAUUAACCCUAAUUGUCAACACCCAGAACUUAGGCGAGGGAGCCUAUGAAGCUGAACUCUUCGUAACCAUCCCACCUCAAGCAGACUUCAUUGGUAUAGUUCGCAACAAUGAGGCUCUCGCAAGACUUUCAUGUGCCUUUAAGACUGAGAAUCAAACUAGGCUGGUUGUCUGUGAUCUUGGAAACCCUAUGAAAGCAGGAACAAAGCUCUCAGCUGGUCUUCAUUUUAGUGUUCAUCAGCAAUCUGAGAUGGAUACUUUUGUCAAGUUUGAUCUUCAGAUCCGUAGCUCCAAUUUGUAUAACAACCUAAGCCCAGUGAUCUCAUAUCAAGUGGACCUGGCCAUUUCAGCUGCUGUAGAAAUCAGAGGGGUCUCUUCUCCUGAUCAUAUUUUCCUCCCAAUUCCCAACUGGCAACCGAAAGAAAAUCCAGAAACAGAGGAUGACAUAGGGCCUCUAGUCCAACACAUCUAUGAGCUUAGAAACAAUGGCCCAAGUACCUUCAGCAAGGUGAUGCUCAAUCUUCAGUGGCCUUAUAAAUACAACAAUAAUACUCUUUUGUAUAUUAUCAAAUAUGAAAUUGAAGGACCCAUGAACUGUACAUCUGACAUGGAGAUUAACCCGCUAAAAAUUAAGGUGUCAAAUUCUCAGCAAGAUGAAAGGAAUGAAACGCUGAAUGGAGAAGAUAACCGCAAUCACCAAAUCAACCGGAGAGAUCUAAGCGUUACAGAGGAAGAUGUCCAAACUUUGGGCUGUGGAAAUGCAGACUGUUUAAAAAUAUUUUGCCAAGUUGGUCGCCUAGAGAGGGGAAAAACUGCAAUUCUCUAUUUGAAAUCUCGCCUUUGGGCUCAGACUUUCAUGAACAAAGAAAACCAAAACCACUCUUAUUCUCUCAAGUCAUCAGCUUCUUUCAGCGUCAUCGAGUUCCCCUACAAGAAUCUUUCCUUUCCUGAUGAUGUCCACAAUUCUACAAUAGUUACCACAAACAUCUUGUGGGGUAUUCAGCCAGCACCUAUGACAGUACAAGUAUGGGUAAUCAUACUGGCUGUCUUAGCAGGAUUAUUACUGUUGGCCCUUCUAGUUUUUAUAAUGCACAAGGUGGGUUUCUUCAAACGUGUGCGGCCACCUCAGGAAGAACAAGAAAGAGAACAACUGCAACCCCAUGAAAAUGGAGAAGGGACCUCAGAGGCUUAAGCAGUGUUUUAGCUGUGUCUUUUACCAAAAGCUUUAGAAUUAUUGCCAACUUUAGAAAUAUGCAUUUUGACCCUUGAGGGAUGGACGGUCGAGGACUGCAUAGCAAAUGUCUUUUUGCCAUUGGCAAAGUUAACUACAAAAUGAGUGUGACAUAAGUUUGUUUCCCUCAUAUUAAUCACAUUCACACUUGUGACUAAUACAUGUGCACUGAUGAAUA